AAUGAAGCUUCUCCCACUUCAGAUGCGAUUAGGGAAGUUCGCAAGUACGGCAGUGAAAUGGUUUUAGAUUCGACUAUCAGACAUACUGCAGAUACUGAAACUGCCAUCCAUAUGCGGCUCUUUCGGGCUCAACGGAAUCUUUAUAUCUCAGGAUUUGCUUUACUACUAUUUCUGGUGAUCAAACGAUUAAGUGCCCUUUUGAUGCGGGUUUCGCAGCUUCAGGCUGCAGCAGCAGCAGCUCUGAAACAAGCUGAAAGUGCAAACACUGCAGCAAAAAAUUUAAUGGGCAGUGAGAGUGAUAGAGAAAAAGAGCUUGAGAGGCAGCUUGAAGAAAUGGGUAAAGAACUGAAAUCGGCACAAACUGACAGGGAUGCGAUGAAGGAGCAGUCCAAAAACUUGCAAAAAGAAUAUGACCGUGUCUGCCAGGAACUUUCUGUUUUGCAAGACAAAGCAGACAAGAAGAAGGACUAG